GAGAAGACACGCUCUGUUAUCUCCUGCUUCCGUCAUCCCGUCAAGCGCCUACCUCACGGCGGCCGGAAACGUCACUCCAGGACCUGACGGCUCUCAGACCGACGCUUCACCGCUAUCGCCGCUCCCUUUCGCCCCAGGGUGCCCAACGAUGUCCUCGCGAGACACCUGAGUCUAGGACAUUGGUCGCAAGCCGGCUGGCGCCGACGCUUCCACAUCGCCGCACUCGCGUGGCCUUCCGACAAACACCCGCGCAAGAGUCCGCUCUGCCCAAGCCGUCGUUGAUAGACACUGCUUACCUGUUGCGUAUCAGCCCGCCGUUCCCAAGUCUACGAUCCCUCCCAGAUCUAAAGGACUCUUCUAUCGAGUGCACAUGGGCGAUCGCUGUCGCCCGCUCGAUUCCCCUCAUGGGCCCAUUAUGAUAUCCAUGCAGCGCUCCCUCUCGUCGCCCGUCGCAAUUCACCCGUCGCCUCGUAUGUUGGGAGCAGACGAUGUGGAGAACCCAGAUGUCGUCUCAUUGCUGACAUGUCUUCCCGCAACCGCAGCCCCCGACAUCCCGGUUUCGAGGUCGCCGACCCCAUCCCCGUCUGAUAGCCAUGUCGAGGCUUCACGCGCUCGGCGACUAAGGUCGAGGAGCCCGCCUCGUGUGACAAACGACUUCGUGACUGCCACUGGGCGCCGCAACGAUGACCUUCCCCGACACCCUUCGGUCCUCCACAUCCCGAGUUCGAAUUCAGCCCGGACGAAGCCCAUAAUCGACCAACAGAGCACUCAGUCGACCGCAGCAGGCCCACGCGACUCCUCUGACAGCCUCGAGACCACUGGACUCCCUCCAGCCUUGCCGGACGAUAGCCGUGGCAACCUGAAGUUCUUGCGCCCUCUGUUAGCCGACGUGUCACUGUACACGAACCAUAAUCUCGGCCCAGAGAAAGAGGGAACAAGCCUGGAGGAGCUUGCGCACCUUGUGCGCUUGUCCAAAUACCAAGAGCGCAAGCGCGCAAACACUAGGAUCCGCCUCCAGAGGAGUCUGGUGUCCACCGCCCUGUCUGCACGAUUGAUGAGAUGCGGUGAGAUGGCAUAUCGGAACCUGGUUGAUGGUUUUCGCGGAGAUGACAAGAAGACCUUUGCCGCCCUCUACAACGCUGUCAUCGAUGUUCGGAGGAGUUGCGACGAGACGCGCCGUUAUGCGCUGCUGGAGUCAGAGAUGGAACUCUUGCAGCCGCCGGGCCUCGUCUCGUCCGAGAGCCUGGAAACUCCCACGGGAUCAGUUAGCGGCGCAAAUGUAUCUCCCAACGCUGCUGUGACGCACUUCUUCAACGAGAUCUCUGCCUCAGCCCGGGAGACCUUUCUGAACUUCCUCACUCAUAUUCGAACUAACCCAGACUAUCUGGCCACGCGCAUCGCAUCCCUGAGGAACUCGGAACUCGCCGCACUCACAAGCUUUCACCAGACCCUCGAGCCAAUUGAAUCUGUCCUCCCUUACCACAGCCGGUCACCGGCCCGCGGCAGCUCCGCGAAUCCCACCUUCUCUGGAUCGGGCGGAGCCGGGGGAGCAGGAAAGGAACGCAGCGCGAUUGAGAGGCUGCUCUCUUUUCAACGCCAUGAUCCCAUAUCGGCCCUGAUAUACACCUGCUUUGCUAACUCGGCAGGGCCCGACAGUGCCGAGGACAAGCGUCGGACCAUGGCCUGGGCCAACGCUUGCGCUCGCCUGAUUUCCGCGCAGACAACGGGCAGCGAGCAGACCGUCAUUUCCGUGCUGAAUAUCUGGGUAUCGAUGCGUGACUGGGCCGGAAAAUCCAACAUGGAAUGGUACCUUAUGAAGAUCCUCGAGGACGGAGCCUUUCUGCUUGACCGCGCCGAGGACCAGCACGGGACCCGCUUCAACCUUUCGGAUUGGUCGACCAAAGACCAGAUCGCAGCAGACGAGUUCUACACCAAAGCCGUCGACGAACUUUUUGAGGUCAUUGACGAUGAGGACUCCACGGGCAUUCCGGAGGGCCUGCUGGAACUUGGAAAUGAGAUCCUCAAACGUCUGGACAAAAAAUACGCCGAGAGAACCCGCUUGUGGCUUGUUUCAAAGUACCUGUUCACCGUCUGGCUGCUUGGGGUUGUGAUCCAUCCAGAGACGUACGGCAUGAUGGCUGAAUACCACAUCACCGAAUAUGGCCGCCAAAAAAUCCUGAAAACCGUGGCAAUGCAAGCUCAGAAGUAUGUUGUUGACAUGCUGCACAGCAAGACUCCAGUCUCAACGCCACCCAAGGUCAAAGGCCACGUUCAGAACAUAUAUAGCCGCUUCAAGGACCCUUCCGGAUACCGGAAGAAGCCCAGGCUCCUCCCAGCGAGGUCCAUCACUUCAUUGAGGGAGACGGCCGAGGUUCGACCCUACUUGGUGAUCAGCCCAGCGGACCUUGCCACGUUGGUGAACGCCCUCUUCCCUGAACGCAGGCCGCGGUCGGCACACUCUAGCGGCGUACGGUCUGGUGCACCCUCCCUCUCUGGAUUCUCCAGCGUCUCACAGCCAAUGUCUAUCAGGACCGCGCCAAGCACUUUUGAUACCAUGUCCGUCCUCAGUACGAGCGCAGAGUCGUCCUUUAGCGACGCCACAACGUCCAGGGAGCCGCUUUUGGAGGAAGAGAGCCCACGCCAUUAUUCCCCGCCCGCCCAAAAACCCGUUGCGCUGAAGCCAAAUACCUACGAAGAGGACGGAUACCGGCUACGGUUGGCGAUGCACGAAAUGACCCAGACCCUGGGCCAGGAUAUCGUGUACGGCCUGUGUCACCCGUGCGCGGAGCGGUGGGCCGUGCUGUUCAUUUCUCCCGAUGGGAACAAGCUGUCCACCCAAAUGACGUUUGAUCCGGACGAUGAGACGGAAAACGAUGAGAAUUCUUCGGAUAACAGUGAGACUGAGGGCGAGGACACUGACGAUGGGCGCCCGGAGCUCGACAAGGAUUACCACCAGCUGCGCGACUCCAUCCUGAAGCUCGUCCAGGAGUACGAGAUACCCCAAAGCCUGGAGAACGACGGGACCAAGCAGCAAACCUUCAGCAACCGCGCAUCGACCCUCAAGAAGUAUCGACACAAAAAUCGCAUCAUCACCACCAUGGGAAGCCGGAAUCCGUACCGCCAAAGAGCUGCAAGCAUUGCGAGUAGCAUCGCGGAGAGCCCCACCGAAGGUGCCAAAGGGAAAGAGGUAGUAGACCAGGCUGUGGAGAGCUCUUCUCCGCUCAUCACCAUGUUGACCGCAGCCUGCUCCCAGUCUCGAGCCCAGUCUGACUUUGUUUCCGCACACCUUUACUGGAGGACUCUGCAGCAACUCAACGCCCUGACUUCGGAGUCCCUGCGUCGCGAAGGUUUCUCUGCUUUGCUGAGUAUCUUCUCUCGCGGCCCGCGCGACUCGAUCCGCAGUUCCGCGGCCGCGAUUGAGGAAUACGAUGCCUGGCUGAUUUGGCUCAAGCAAAGCCAAGAGCGGGCAGAGGGCCAGAUCGAGAGCAUGAUGCGCCGCCUGCGAGCCCUGCGUGACAAGAUGUGGUAUGUCACCGAUGUUCGCAAUUCGGCACCAUACGAAGACUCGCGCAAUGUGGCGGCGGCUCUCAAAACGAUGGGUGCGCCUCGGCGGUGGUCCUCAUUUCAGCGCAUCAAGAGCCACAUGCAAAGGGGGCCCGCAUCGAAUUACAUCUUCAAAACGGAAUCACAGAUACUCGAUCUCCUGGCAGCGCCCGAGGACCAGGGCGGUCCCAACAAGCUUCGCGAUGAACAGGCAGAGAAGACCGCGCGUUGGUUGCAGCAAUACGGGGUGGAAAAUUUCUGCCAAGGCGAGGAGCGCAUCCACCGCUUCUGCUGUGAGGUGGACAACUGUGUCAGUAAACUCGUCGGCGACAGCAUAAUCGAUGGCCCUGUGCUGUGGUCGAGCGAGCUCUUUUCUCGAGAUCGGCAGGCUUUCGAGACCAACAAGACCCCGCGAGACCGAGACAGAGACCGCGACAACCAGUCGGUCUGGGAUGACUCUAUCAGCGUCGUCAGCGAUCCCGACCGGAGGUUUGUGUCCGUCAGUCGUCCAGCUUCGGUCAAUAGCCGGGACUUGCGGACCUUAUCCGGUCACAACGUGAGUCAGAUGUCUCUUGACUCGAGUCGCUUCAGCUUUUCACGUGCCAGCACCGCCAUGUCGGAGGUUCUGGAUGGGUCAGAAUAUUUUGGCGCCUCAUCGCCGGUUCACCAAAUUGACUACAACGCCACGUUUUGGUCGCCGUUCCAGAACCGGGCCGCUUCUCCCAGUGCCACUUCCCGAGCGCAUUCGCCAACAACCAGCCUGACCAACCUGUCAGGCUCGUUUCAUCCGCCGCAUCACCAACAGCUGCCGUCGCAGUCUCAGCAGUCAACCGGCCGCCCAGGCACAUCAGCGUCGUCCAACGAGACUGUGUACCAGCAACGGCUUUCGGACGAGAAAUCUCGCUUCCUCGCCGAUUUGAGGCAGACCCUGACCAGCCUUCUCCUCUCUGACCUAGGUAACCUUGUUUUUGCCCGCGGAUCAGAAACGGACGCGUGGUUCGAGGGCCUAGGUCAGGAGUGCAUCGACCGUCGAGAGGCCAUUCAGCGCCGUACGCGUAAAGCUUUGGCCAAGGAUAAGCGCAGGUCUGUCAAGUCCGGCCUUAACCAAAGGUCUCUCGAAAACAACCGAAGCUUUGGCGAUAGUCGCGGGACAACUGGCGAUGACGCGUUGAGCGACAGAGCCCUUUCGGACACGCAGAGUAUUGGGCCGGAUGUGGCUGGCGGCAGCCAGCGGGGUAGCCAGCAUGGGAGCAUACACGGAGGUAGCAUCCAUGGCAACGAGAGCUCCGUGACAAGCGACACCAUCUCCGCCCGGAGAUCCAACAAGGAACCGAGAAAAGAGUCCAUGCCUGACUUCCCGUUCACCAAGGCCUACCAGCGACUUCUGAAAAUGUUCUGCGUUCACCCAAAUCCAUACGUCAAACUGAACGCUCUCUUUGAGCUCGAGCAUCUGAUCGUCGCCUCUCUGAACUCGGGCUCCCGGCGGGCUCGUUUGGCGUGGGCGCGCUCUGAGCUGGGCUCGGCGUCCUCUGCCACCGAGGAGCACGGGGUUGGCGCCGUGGGAGGUCGAUCCCAGCCGCUGGAGGAGACGAUCGACAACGUUAAAGAACGCCGUUCACAAACCCUUAUGCAAGCACCCAACUUCGGUUCAGGCGGUCACGCACAGGCAGGGCGGGUUUCGGGCGGGGGAGGGAACACCGAAGCCCGCUCGGUGGUAUCCGUCUACCCAGCGAACACGGAUGCCAUCGCCAACAUCCUGCGGAGUCUCUUCCGUGACCCCUCCCUCCGUCCCAAAACACUGUUCCGCGAUCUCCAAUUCAUAUCGGCCUUUGUCCCCGCCACCGUUCUCGACAAGACCGAGCGAGGCAAAGCCUUCUGGGACGCCAGCAUCGCCGCACUAAGCCUGAAACAAGAUGUCUGCCGCACCAUGGUCGAAGUAGCCGACGAAAUCGUCAAGAACUACACCCAAUCGCGCAACGGUACCUCCUCGGCCGUUGUCGGCAAGGCGCCGAGCAGCACCGCGUCAGACUCGGCAGCCGAACAACCACCUUUAUCCCCGCCUACUUCACCGCCCUCUCCCCUGCCGCUGUCAACGCACUCGCUCGCCGACGCCGCCCGCAUGUGGACCAUCACGGCCAAGGAAGGGGAUCCUACCGCCCAGCGCGAGCUGGCCAUCUUUUACCUGUCUAACCCGGAGCUGGUGCAGCGCACCACGCUGCCGCUUUCCAAGCCGCGGGAGGUGUUUAAACAGGCGGUUAUUGAGAAGUACGGGGGAAGCGGCAGCGGGAGCCGGUCGGGCGGGCUGGUUGGGUCUGGGUCUAGGUAUCAGCAUCAUCAUGGGCAUGGGCAUUUGGGAGGUGGCCCGGGCCGGAUGAUGGCGCAGGGCUCUGUGGGUGGGACCGGGGCUGGACAAGCUGGGAUUGCGGGGAGUGGUGUCGGUGGAGGCGGUGGUGGAGGUUCUGGGGCCGUGAAGGAGGAUGCUGCUGGGUUGGGGGAUGUCAGGAGUGACCCGGCGUUGAUGUGCGUCGCUAUCCAUUGGAUGGAGGCUGCGGAGAGAGGGGGGGAUGAGCUGGCGAGGACGUUCAUGGCGCAGAACGAGAUUGGGGCCGGGUUGAUGGGAUGAUGUGCCGAUGGGGUGCUCGUUGGGUUUGGUUGGAGGGAAAGGGAUGCCGGGGAUAUGUUGGGUUACAUCUGGUCGUUGUUUGCCUGUGUUGUAGGAUGAUACCUGGUGCAUUUGUCGGGCUGGGUUGCAGGGCAGCUCCUGGUUCACAUUCAUUCUCUCUAUCUUUCCUCUUGCCUCUUGAUGAGAUGUUGUUCACACAGGUUCGCGUCCUGUUUCAAGUGUGCCUGACAAUACUUGACGGCCAGAGGGCGCGCUCUGCGAUCUGGCAUGGUUCGUAUCUGCCCCAUGGCUUGGUGGUUCUGCUGGGAUUCUCUGAUUAGACGGGUACUCAAGUAACUAAAUUACUGCCAGUGCCCUCGUUGUUUUGUCGUUCAGUCUAGUGCGAAACUCUAAUCCCAGUUACCCGGCCAUGCUUCUCUAGCAGUUUUUCUUUCUUGUUUCGUUUUUCCCCUUUACCUUUUGCCCUUUUCCAUUCUAGUGUUUU